GUCACACCGGAUAAAGCAGCUAAUCAAAAAAAAAUAAGGCUGCUUAAUAAGAAAUAUACAACAAAAAACACGCAGAAAUACAUAAAAUAACAAUCGAAGCAACCGACCAGGCCCCGAUAAUAUAAUCAUGCACGGCCACAAUCAGUUCCGGCACUGUUUUGUAGACAGCAUCAAGUAUAUUUUUUAAAUUUCACGUGCUAAAUUCAGAAUAAAUCCUACCACAAUUGCUACACGAAUCGACCAUUUGACCACUGCGGACUAGGGCUAGGGCUAGUAAUCCCAUCCAAUCCAAUCACCGACGCGAUGUCCAAGAGAGGCGCCGGUCUGAUGGCCUACGUGACGGCGGAGGAGCAACUGCUGAACUGCUACUCGCCGCUGGAAGGCGACGAGGUGGAUUCGGAGGUGGUCGCAGGUCCAGCCGCCGGAUCGGGCGUGGCUGAUCAUCGAGUGGCGCGCCCAGAUUCAGAGGCGGAACCCCCUGAACCGGAAGCGGACCUGGACCCCGCCGUAGACAGCAUGCUGCACGUCAUCUCCGACAACUCGGACAUCCACAGCCUCAUCUCCAGUGGCAGUGGCUUCAAGGGCUGGCCAGAGGCAGAGGAGCAUCCGUCCACCAGUUUUGUCGACGCGGGAGAACGCUUCAUCUACGGACUCUGCCGGCACAUGAUGGCCGCGGAGGAGGCCGUUCCAGCACCGGAAUGGACCACAUGCACGCCCGCCAAGCGACCGUGCAGCAGCCACGAUGUCAUCGAGAUCAAUGACUCGCCUGAAUCAGCACAGGAUCCGGCCAUUGCUCUGAUGCAGGCCGUGGUCAACAGUCCCGGCAUCCUACUGACCAACGGCAACGUCGACCAGUUCGCCAUGGAGCAACAUGGUGACGAUGAGGAGGAUGAACAUGAUCUUCAGGUGGCCGAGGAGGGAGAGCAGUGCGUGAUCUACGAGUCCGUGGAUGGCGAGAAUAUGGUCGUGCUGGCGGAGGAGCACUGCUGCGAGAUCAUAGUGGCCACCCAGGGCGUGGCCUGCGAGCAGGAGUUCGCCAGGGCCAUCCUGAUGGCCGGAAACGGAGCCGGGGCAUUGCUGGGUCUGCUGCCCGAGGAAAGUGGUGUAGCGAAUGAUGAGUGCCUCAAUGGGGCUGCCUACAUUGAGGAGGUGGUGGAGGAUUUGGGCGAGGACGAGGCACGUAUGGCGGCUGGAAACAAUGUGUACCUCAGCGAUGCAGCGCUGGAGCAGCCACUGGUUCACCAGGAGCUGGUCGAGGACGAGGCGCCAGAGGAGAACGAUAACGCCACAUUUUUAGAUGACACGCCCAUGGAGGAGGAACGGCCUGACAUUUGUCAGGUGUAUGAUCACGAAUUGGAGGACCACGACGACGAAGAGGACGAGGACGCCAUAAUGCAGGCUCAAACACCAGGCCACCAGCCCAUCGACAUCAGUGUUCUGGAGGGUCAGGAGCCACCGCCCGGUAACAAUGCGCUGAGGAAGUUGCCACGCGAGCACAGCAGUCCCACGGAGUUCCCGGUCAGCUCCUCCUCGAUGCCCAACGCCAGCUACAACUAUGAGUUCGAAGACGAUCUAAUGGGCGGCGGCGGGCAUUCUCCGUCCAAAGUGGCGCCGCUGAAGCGCAAGUAUCCGCCACUGAUGAAGAACACACUCCACGGCGAGGCUAUGGAUCGCAGGCUGGCCAGCAUCUGCCAGGCUCAGCCGCAGAUGAGUCCCGCCGAGAAGGUCUCCAGUUGGGAGACGGCGGCCAGCGAGGAGUGUGCAGCCGUGGAGGACGUGGAGAGCUUUGAGGCCGCCUUCGACCAGUAUGAGGCUGCCACGGCCCCACUUAAGCAGCUCAAUUUUCUCGAGUUCCGCGAAACGCUGGCCCGCAACCUGGAGAAGAUCAGCCGCGAAAUCCUGCAGACCUCCGACGAGUCCACGCAAGAGCAAGCCAGCUCCCAGUCAGCGGAGCGUCCGGUCCAUCGACGCUUCCUGCACAUCAUGCCCACCGAAGAGACCAUUGUGCUGGACGACGACGACGAUGAUUGCUAUGAAGUGGUGGGCAUGGAGAACGCCUCCGUCACCACACUGAUUCCCGAGGAGGAGCUGCAGGUUGAUCAGCAAGCGGAGGAAGAAGAGGUAGUGCUUCACGAUGCCUCCGAUGUGAAGACCAUGGAGACGCAAGCCUCUGAGCAGCGGCAGCUUACCAAGGAGACUUCCACCACGGAUUUGGAGAGCAGCGCGGCUGCACCAACAGCAGGAUCAUCCGCUGUGCAUUUGGAUCCUGCUGCAUCCGCAUCUGUUGCCAAUGCUCCACCUUGCCCCGCUGCCCCAGAGGAAAUAGUUGACUUCAUGCAGCCCAACUCCAGUGAUCUGGGGCCUUCGGAGGGCAGGCAACUGGCCAAUGCUGUCCUGGAUGUGAUGCGUCAGCAGGUGCAAAUUCAACAGCAGCAGUUUAUGGAGCACAAGAUGCAGCUGCAGCAACAACAGAUGUAUCGCUACCAGGAACAGCCACAAGCGCCGCCAGAGAUGCCCAUGCAAAUGGCCGCGAAUCAGGAGCUUACUUUCAGCUGCCCCAACGACAGUAUGUUCUACGAGCAGCAGGAGUUCUGCAACUAUCUGGGUCUCACUGAACUGGCCACGGCCAAUGCGGUGGCUACUGCGAUGCGGGAGCUGGCCAACAGCACGGUGGCCCGUCGAUCGCUGCGGGUGCGACCCCAACAGCAGCUGGACAGGAUGCGCAGCGAUGUGCGCGGCAAGCGGCGGGAGAGGGAACGCGAUCGCCAGCAGGACAAGGAAAAGAAGUUGCCGCUGACCACCAGCAGUGAGCUAAGCACUGACAAAGAAGAAUCCUCGUUGCCUCAGGUAACUGAAGCCGUUCCACGGGCGGAUGGCGAGCUGAGUUUCAUCGGCCAACUGCCUGCAACGAAUGUGGAAGAGCAGCGCCAGUCCAAACACAUGUACGACACCUUUUUCCAGGAAAAGGGAGACCCCUCAAUGGUCACCCAGUCAUCCAGAGAGAAAGAGCGACCCAAAUCCCCCAAAGAAACGGGGACGCACAGGUCUUCAAAGGAGCGGGAGAGGUGCAAAUCACCCAAGCAACUGGAGCACAGAUCCCCCAAGAAGCAGGAGGCACACAAGGAACCCGCGGACGAUCGUGUGCACUCCGUUGAGGCAGCGUUUGCCAAGGUCUACGAGGCUGCCGCUCCUGCCCAGUCCAAGCUGCUGGAGAAGAUGCAGCAACGCUUGCGCCAGGCGCGCGAGACCAAGCCAUCGAUCUACAUCAUCCAGGCAAUGAGCAAUGCCUCGCCGCAAACUCCAUCGCCGGGAAGACAGCAGGAGUCACGCAUUUCACCCGAGACUUUUGGCGAUGUGGGCGCCCCGUGUCCCUCUGCCGUGAUUCCUCAACCUGCUAAGAUAAACCCUACGAAGACCAGCCCCGUUAAAGAUGUUCCAUCACCGGUUAUAGCAGCCGAGUCGCCAAAAACGCCAAAGCAUAGGAAAACUCAUGGCGCUACCAAGCCUGCGACUGCCACAAAACGACGACGCACUACGGUGGGAGCUCCGAGCUCCGGGAAGCCCGCUCGCAUACGUGAUCUGGUUACCCGUUCCACCACGCACCUCAACUCGAAGCUGCUGCGAAGCCGCAAGGUCAGUCUGCUCAAGAGCUACGCCCUCUCGGACGAAAUGGCCCAGGGACGAGCCAAGCGGUUGAGCGGUGGCACAACCCAAGCUGUCAAAAAGGUUCAAAUGCCCAAGGCUGUAAGGGCGAGCCUAAAGAGACCCGAACCCGCCGACAAGAGUCUUCCCGAGCAGCAUCGUCUGCAGCUGCAGCAGCAAUUGGCUCCGCCGAACAGUCCGCGCAAGAAGAAUAAUGUGACGACUGUGACGACAAGUGCAACGAAAUCUGUUAAUCGACUGACUAAGCGCACCAAGAGGAUGCGUGCCAAAUCUCUGCCAGGAAAUCUUGAGGCAGUUGAGCAUGCCCCAGUCACUGUUCCCAGGAUCACAGAUCCAGUGCCACUGGAAGUUCCCAAAGCUCUUGUGGAUCCCCACAAGCAUGUGCUUGACUACGCCGCCGCAGAGGUGGCUGCAGAACUGACCCACGUCCAUUCCCCUGUGCCCGCUCAAACGCCUUAUGCCCAGCCAGCGCUUAUAUAUCCGCCUUCGCCCACAUCCCCGCCAUUGAAUUCGAAGUCGCCGCCGCCGCCGCCACAUCGCCAGCACGCAGGACAAGUGGAUGCUGCCCAAAAAGUGCUGGCCACGCCCCCCGGCGGUCUGCUACGCCUCAGCGAGGGCACAUCGACGCUGGCGAAUCCACUUUCCGCCAAGCACGGCAAGGUGCUCUACAUGUACUACGAGCUGGAACAGCUUAUCGUGCUACAGGAGAACUGCAUCACCUUCUGGAAGUACUCCAAAGUGUUCAACGUGUUGCACCAACCGCGUCGGCAGCCCUCCUUCGAUGGUGCAAGGAAGUCGCCCGCCGCACAGCUUCAUCAUCCAUAUGCACGCAACUCCAAGGAUGGCGAACAGGAGCUGCAGGUUGGCCCGCGAUGGGUGUACUUGGGUAGAGUGCGACGGGUUACUAAUGAAACGGAGAUCUUUACACCUUUUGGCAACCGCAUCUGCGUGCACAACUCCACACCGGUGUACCUGGAAAUGCGGAGCAGACCACUGGAUCACCACAAGCGGGAGGUGAAGCUGACAUCGCUGCACGUCAAUGUAUACUACUUCUGCGAGGAGGAACUAAGGCCCCGGAUGCACUCUGUGCACUUGGACGCGGUUAACUGUGAGUGGCCCAAUGUCAUAUACACUACCAUCACGGAGUCGCGCUACUUUGUGAUGGCCUGGCAGCAGGAACUGGUGAUGGGCAAGCCACGUUCGGGCAUCUGCAAGUACUCGCUGACGCCCACGCUGGACACGCUGGCCUCCAUACGGGAGUUCAAGCAGCUGCGCCACGAACUGCGCCACAUCGAGUGCCUGUCGGAGGACCGCCUGAUCGGCUACGGACAGACGCGGAUCACGAUUUGGGACCAUCGCAGUGGCGACACGCUGAUGAACUACGAUCUGGGUCGUCCGCUGGGCAGCAGCCUGGCAGCCAUGCACUAUCCCAGCCUCGACAUGGAUCAGAGCAGCAUGCUGGUGCUCUACCAGCAUCUGAAGGAGCCCAACAGACCGGCUGAGGUGCAUGUGAUCGCCUGCGAGCUUUCGCAUGCCACGCCCUCGCACCGACUGUUGCAGGUUCAUCGCCUGCCAUCGCCGCAGUUCGACGAUGCCACGGAGGCCAUAAAUACCGGCGACCAUCUGAUCAUCAAGUCUGCAACGAACGAUGAGGCCUGGAUAAGUGCCGCCGAUCCACGGCAGCUCACCUAUUUGGCGCCGCAAGGCAAUGGAGUGCAGCGGUUUUAUGCCCGCCACAAGUCCCAGGUGAUCGAGAUGUCGCCACAGUAUCUGACGGUGGACAGCAUCGCCAAUCACAUGCUGAAACUGGCUGUCCAACAGCAGCACUUGGCGUAGAACGGACGCUAGAAAUCGGAAAGUGAAGUUUUUGUUUUUCUCACCGUAUAAUCCUUGUUACAUUACAAAUCACCCACAAGACACAAUACGAACAACGCCUUUAAUGUGAAAAUCUAAGAACCCCUGGAUAUGCUUUUGGCUGGCUGUCGGCGCAAACAUAUAGUUCAAAUAUAUACGAAACUAUGUUUAAUAAGUUGCGUGUUAGCGUGUUAACCUAACCAAUCAUAAAAUAUCAUCCAAUAAUAUCGACAUUUCGCCUAAGUCUUAAGUAAGUCAGACCCGAUAAGCCUUUACUAAGCUGUCCGCCUAUCAUCGAUUAAGUGUUUUUGUUUCUUUGGUUUUUUUUUUUAUUUUUUCUAAAAGAAAAACAAAACCCUAGCUUAAGGUAACAUAGUGCUCUAGACCUAAUUAUGAAUUCAAAUAUUUGAUUUAAUACUAUCAACUGCAGCAGUGGAUGUGUCAUAUUUUUAGUUCAAACGAAACACCAAAAUGGAAACAAAUGAAUGUCAUUAAAAGGAAAUCUGUUUAAAAA